AGCGCACGUGAUUGGUGGCAGCAUCAGCACCAGUGGCUCGCUGGAGUAAAGCGGGCACAGUGCACAUAUCGCUCGCGUUCAUUUUGCAUGCACUCGCAAUCGAGUUGGUGAAUUAAGGUUUAUUAUAGCAGAAAGUGUUGCAUUCAUCAAGGAAUAAACAUGGAUUGUUCUGACGAAGUGCAGUCACUCUCAGAUGAAGCCUUCACUCCCAUGGAGUUAAAAAAAGGAAUGUCAAUAUUUUUGGAUAUAUUGAGAAGAGCUGACAAAAAUGAUGAUGGAAAGCUGUCAUUUGAUGAGUUCAAGGCUUAUUUCUCGGAUGGCGUUCUGUCAGGAGAUGAAUUAAAGGAGCUCUUCCACACGAUUGAUACUCAUAACACAGACAAUGUGGACACAGAUGAGCUAUGUGAGUACUUCUCUCAGCACCUUGGUGAAUAUGAAAAUGUCCUUGCUGCCUUGGAAGACCUGAACGUCUCCAUACUGAAAGCCAUGGACAAAACCAAAAAGGAGUACCAGGAGGCCACACACCUUGAGCGGUUUGUGACACGUUUCCUGUUGAAGGAGACCACCAGUCAGCUUCAGUCACUCCAGAGCUCUCUUGAAUGCGCCCUGGAGACCACUGCCGAACAGACUCGACAGGAGAGACAGACGCCGUUGAAGCCCGAGGUUCUGUCCAUUCAGUGGUCCGGACGGAGAUCUAAUCGGAGACUUCAAAGGAAUAACAGCUUGUCUCCAAACAACCCUCUUCUGAACCUGGUCAAUUCAGGUUUGUUUGAAGAAGACAACCAGUGGAUGACUCAAGUCAACAGACUGCAAAAGCUGAUUGACCGUCUCGAGAAAAAGGAGCUUCGUCUGGAGCCUGUGGAGGACGAGGUGUUGGAAAGCACCACCAAAUCACACAUUCUGAUCGUACAGAGGCAGCUCUCCGUGCUGGAGGAUGAAGUGGAAGAGUUUCGUUUGGCUCUCAGGCAGUAUAUCGACUGUGCCAGCAUUCAGACCGGCUGCCUCCAUGUCGCGGUUCAGAGGCUUGCUAAUGAAUCCCGCUUCAUCAUUUAUGAGUUCUGGGAGCAAACCAACGUGUGGAAGAAUCAUCUCCAGACCAAUUACAGCAAAACCUUCCAGAGAGGCAACGUGGAUUUUUUAGAGACUCCAGAGAUUAUGACAACUAUGCUGGUUCCAGCAUCAUGGUGGGUCCUCAACAACAACUAGACUUCUUCAUUCCGGUUAGAUGACGGCGGUCAUUACGAGGACUACACAAGUCAAAACUGACAUCUCUCUCCCUCUGUCAACAGCAAAUCACCACGUGUGUUGAAAUGUGCUAUAUGGUCAUGGUUACUAGCACUUUCCAUGUUGUUACAUUAUUAGAUCUAUACGACUAGUGUGAACUCUAGACAAUAUUAAAUAAAGCAAUGAGGUCUUUUGAUGAUAGCACUCGACCACCAUGUAGAUGUUUGUUCGGCUGGACAGUUCAGUGAUGUGUGCUGUACUGACUCAGUUUGUCUACACGAGACCGUGUCUCCUUAACUUGCAGUGGUGUCAUCAUACCUAACAAAAUAUCACAGUUUAUGUUAUGAGCAUUUUUAUGAAAAUGUAUACAUUUGUUGUAUUUCAUGUAGUUUGUCAGCUCUGAAUUCUUUAAAUAUUAAAUUUAAACCUAUACUAAAAUGUUAUGUCUCAAUUUUGCCAAGCAGAUAUUUCUAAAAUGAUCUCCA